AUGUCUGAGAGUUCUAAAACAUCAAUUGAAAACAGUACAUCAGAUUUAUCCCAUCAGAAUCAUCUUCCUCGACCAAACAAUCAACAAAAAGAUGCUGAUAAUCCACCAUUUAGUCGUUUAUUUUUACUGGUACCACGAACAAUGAACGAAUCAGAAUUAAACGAUGUAUUUAAAAAAUUUGGUGUCAUUGAAGAUGUUUGGUUGGUUAGAGAUAGAAGAAAUAGAGAAGGAAAAGGUAUAGCCUACAUAAAAUAUGAAUUAGCAUCAGAAGCAGCUCGUGCACAAGAAGAAAUGAAUGGAAAAAUAAUUGGUUCACAUUCUCGACCGUUGAAAGUAAUCAUAUCGAGUUCUCGACGUGAAGGAAGCGUCCGUGAUCCCGAUGAACAUGAAAAAAUGUUAAGAUUAUUUGUGUUAGUGCCAAAGAAUUAUUCAAAAGAAGAUCUACGAAAAGCAUUCGAAAAAUUUGGAACAAUUAAUAAUGUUAAAGUUGUCACAGAUAAAUUGACGGGUGAAAAUAAAGGAUUUGGUUAUAUAACUUUUACCAAAGCAUCGGAAGCAGCCCGAGCACUCGAACAGUGUGAUCCAGCAUUCAAACCAAAGUUCGCUGAACCAUUAACAUCGAAACGUCAUCGUGAUCGUGAAGAACGUGAAGAACCAAAUUCUCCAUCAUCGUCAUUAAUAUUUACAACAAAUCCUUCUUCUCCUUCAAAUUCUACAUCAUCUCGUCAUACUCAACAUUCAUCUCCACCCGUAGUCAUCGCCGAACAACGAGAUCACCGCUCAAAUAAUUUAUUACAAAAACAAACAUUUAUAAAUGAAUCAACAAGUUAG